AUGUCACAUCAUCCUUGCUAUACCAUGGCCGCCUUGUCCACCGUUGGUGGUAUUGCUGGUUUUGCAAAGACGCGUUCUGUUCCUUCUUUGGUUGCUGGUGUGGCUGUUGGUUCCCUUUACGGUGUGGCAGGUUACCUCAUCAAGGAAAACAGAGAUUACGGACACGAGACGGCUGUCGCUGCAUCGGCAGUCCUUGCUGGUGGAAUGAUUCCCCGUGCCAUCAAGAGCGGAUUCAAGAAGCCUGUGCCAGCAGCAAUGUCAGUCUUGUCGUUGACCGCAGGUGCUUACUAUAUCAAGAAGGUCAUUGAUUACAGUUAA